GUUUGUGUUGUAAAGCAGUGGACAGAGAAGACGAUGAGUACGAUGAAGCCAAGUCGGAGCGACGAAAUAUCCGACCCGGAUCAACAGAUCAAGAACGCGAACCAGAUCAGAGCUGAUUUCGAUUCCUUGGCUCCCAAACGACCCACUAAACCAACUCGAAGCGAACCGGGACCUCCUGGAUCUUUCUCUGCUUCCGACCAAACCACCGACCAUCCUGAAGCUGACAAAUUCAGAUCUCUCCAGUCACAAACUCAUGGUAAAGUUCUAGGUGAGGGAGAUUCAUCUGCAGUUCAAGAUGAGUUCUCGGAAACAGAGUAUUACACAAAUCUCACUGCCAUUGAUAAGCAACAUCACACGACCGGAAGUGGGUUUAUAAAUGUGGUCAAGGAAGACGGAGGUGAAGCGACCGAGGCCGUAACCGCCGCCGCAAUCGGAGACGGAGGAGAAAAAGCGGUUUACAGAAGCAAUCCGGCGACGAACGAAUGGAUUCCUGCGGCGGAGGAAGAUUUUGAUUCCGAGUCUUCCUCUAAACCAAACCGGAGCGAGAGUUCUUGAAUUGAUCUUUCAAACAUCUGCUUUAUCUUCUUGUUCCAGAUGUUCUGUUUCUUGAUAUUAUGGUAAUAAAAUAUUAAAAAAAUA